GAGCCGGGCGAAGGCGCGGGGUUAACCUGCAACUGCGCCUCUUCUGGAGGGAGUUGCUGCCGCUCGCUCUCCCGAGCCGCCUCCCUUGGCAGCUCUGCCUGCACGGGAAGGGAAUCCCUUCGCCACCUCGCCGCACGCCCGUUGUUGGAGCGACGCAGAUUCAUCAUGAUCAUCUUUGCUGUCCUUGCUGCUCUGCUCCUCGCUACAGGACAAUCACAAGAAGCAGACGAAACUAUCACAUACACGCAAUGCACAGAUGGUUAUGAAUGGGACCCCAUCAUGCAGCGAUGCAAAGAUAUUGAUGAAUGUGAAAUUGUGCACGAAGCAUGUAAAGGCGGAAUGAAAUGUGUUAAUCACUUUGGAGGAUACCUCUGUCUGCCCAGAACAGCCCAGAUCAUUGUCAAUAAUGGCCAAGAAGAAACAGCAUCAGACACUGGUAGCAGAAAUGGUAAUCCCAUCAUCCGUCGGACACCUCCAGAUCGGGUACCAUCUCAGAUACAGUGUGCAGCUGGGUACGAGGCAAAUGAUCAUAAUGUGUGCCAAGAUAUUGAUGAAUGUACCACCAGUGCCCAUACGUGUAGAUCAGAUCAGGUCUGUGUCAAUUUAAGGGGAUCAUUUACCUGCCAAUGUCGAACUGGGUAUCAAAAACGAGGAGACCAGUGCUUUGACAUUGAUGAAUGCACGUUCCCUUCCUUUUGCCACCAUCGGUGUGUGAACAGUCCUGGUUCCUACCACUGCCAUUGCAAUGCUGGCUUUCAGUUAACACCUGACAACCGCACAUGCGCCGACAUAAAUGAGUGUGAGACCGGCAACCCCUGUGCCCAACUGUGCUAUAAUAUAGUUGGUUCUUUCUUAUGCCAGUGCAAUCAAGGCUUUGAGUUAAGCCCAGAUAGAAUCAGCUGUGAUGAUGUUGAUGAAUGUAGAGCUUCUAACUUCCUGUGCCAAUAUCAGUGUGUCAAUGAGCCAGGAAGAUUCUCCUGCGCGUGUCCAGAUGGAUACCAGCUGGUCAGAGGAAGAAACUGUCAAGAUAUAAAUGAAUGUGAAACACGCAAUGAAUGUCGAGAAGAUGAGUUGUGUUCUAAUUAUCAUGGUGGCUAUCGUUGUUACCCAAGAAAUCCUUGUCAGGACCCUUAUGUGCUUGCAUCUGAAAAUCGCUGUAUUUGUACAGUGUCUAAUCCUCUUUGUCGGGACUUGCCAUAUUCCAUUGUUCACAAAUAUAUGAGCAUCCAUUCAGAGAGGACUGUGCCAUCUGAUAUCUUCCAAAUUCAGGCAACCACAAUUAUCCCCAAUACAAUUAACACCUUCCGGAUUAAAUCUGGAAAUGACAAUGGAGACUUCUUUCUUAGACAAACAAGCUCAGUGAGUGCAAUGCUUGUGUUGGUCAAGCCAUUAACUGGUCCACGAGAACAUAUCAUUGACCUGGAGCUGUUGACGGUCAACAACAUGAACUAUCGGUCAAGUUCAGUACUAAGGUUAACACUUAUUGUGGGACCUUACUCUUUUUAGUUACUGAAAUUAAGUAAUUUGAAAGCACCCACAGCAACCAAAGAAGCUUUCUUUUGAAUGAAGCACUUAUGAUUUUAUUUAUAGAUUUUACAUGGUGUUUUUUUAAAAGAAAAAAAAACUUUAUUAAAGAAAUCAGUAGUUGUAACCAUGCUAUUACAUAAUAUAACCUGGAUAUUGUCACCUUCUGUUGAGAAACUGCACCUCUUUCAUACUUACAAUAACUUGUAAUUAUUGCCAUCCUAUAGCAUAGCAGCUCUUUUCUGGAAAAAAUGCAUGGAGGCAAUGAGUCAAAUUACAUUCUUACUCAGCUCGUGCUUCUCUCUGAUCACUAGAAGUUGUAAUCAGAACAUGAAUAAGCUGUGUGCCUAUUUGGGGGUCUUAAGCAAACAGAAUUUCCAAUUUCAUAGAAACAUCUUGUUUUUGACACAUACAUACUUGUUCAUACAAUGAUCAUAGCUGAGUUGUGGGGUUAGACCAUAAAUAUAGUUUAUGUAAUUUCAAAAGAAGCCUUCAUACAUUUUCAGAAUAACUUGGAAACUAACCUUGUUUUCAGUUGUGAUUUUUCAGGGCAUAUGUGCAAGUAUUUAACCCAAUAUUACAAUAGUACCACUUUUAUCCACUGAAAUAAUGGGCAUCGUAAUCCAGUAUGCCAAUCCUUUGCUUGCAAAGCUCCAUUUAUUUCAACAGAGAAAAUCAAUCCAUAUGUGUAUUUUUCUCUUUAAGAGGAUGGAAUAAGCCAGCUGUUAAGAAAAAGGGCUUCACAUGGUCUUCAUGAUGUGGUCCAGACCAAAAAGGGUCAUUUUAUUAUUUAUUGACAGUAAACUCAAUAGGACCCUGAUAGGAACUACAUCCACCUGGAGGGAAGUAAACAGUGGGAUACCCCAAGUUUUUAGGUCCAAUGCUCUUCAGUAUCUUCAUAAAUGAUCUAGACAAGGGAAAUGAAGGGGAACUCAUCAAAUAUGCAGAGGACAGUAGGCUGGCAGGAGUAGUUGACACGCCAGAAGACAAGCUCAGACUUGAAUACUGGGCCCUAUCCAACAAAAUGAAAUUCAACAUAGACAAAAG